AUAUGCAGAAUUACCGGCCAAGGCGCUCCUAAAGCCAGCGCCGGGGAGCGAGCGCGGCGGCGGCCAGCACCGGGAACGCACCAAGGAAGAAGCCCAGCCCCCGCCCUCCGCCCCUUCCGUCCCCACCCCCUACCCGGCGGCCCAGGAGGCUCCCGGCGCGGCGGGCGCGGCGGGCGCGCACUCCCUGUUUCUCCUCCUCCUCGUUGGCGCUGCCUGCCUCUCCGCACUCACCGCUCGCGCCGGGCGCGCUCCGCCGGCUCCCUGCUCCCCGCGCCACCCUCCUCCGGGCCGCGCUCCCUGAGGGAUGGUACUGAAUUUCGCCGCCACAGGAGCCCGGCUGGAGCGCCCGCCCCGCGGCCUCGCCUCCCCGCCUCCCCGCCAGCGCCUCGGGACGCGAUGAGGACCUGGGCUUGCUUGCUGCUUCUCGGCUGCGGAUACCUCGCCCAUGCCCUGGCCGAGGAAGCCGAGAUCCCCCGCGAGGUGAUCGAGAGGCUGGCGCACAGUCAGAUCCACAGCAUCCGGGACCUCCAGCGACUCCUGGAGAUAGACUCCGUAGGGGCUGAGGAUGCUUUGGAAACUAGCCUGAGAGCCCACGGGGCCCACGCCGCCAAGCAUGCGCCCGAGAAGCGGCCUGUGCCCAUUCGAAGGAAAAGAAGCAUCGAGGAAGCUGUCCCCGCGGUCUGCAAGACCAGGACGGUCAUUUACGAGAUUCCGCGGAGCCAGGUCGACCCCACAUCCGCCAACUUCCUGAUCUGGCCCCCGUGCGUGGAGGUGAGACGCUGUACCGGCUGCUGCAACACCAGCAGCGUCAAGUGUCAGCCCUCGCGUAUCCACCACCGCAGCGUCAAGGUGGCCAAGGUGGAAUAUGUCAGGAAGAAGCCAAAAUUAAAAGAAGUCCAGGUGAGGUUAGAGGAACACUUGGAGUGCGCGUGUACGACCACCAGCCUGAAUCCGGAUUACCGGGAAGAGGACACAGGAAGGCGUAGGGAGUCAGGUAAAAAACGGAAAAGAAAAAGGUUAAAACCCACCUAACACAGCCAACCAGACGUGAGGUGAGGCUACGCCGGCAGCCCUGCCCUGGGACAUGGAUGUACAUGGCGUGUUACAUUCCUGAACCUACUAUGUACGGUGCUUUAUUGCCAGUGUGCGGUCUUUGUUCUCCUCCGUGAAAAACUGUGUCCGGGAACACUCCGGAGAACAAAGAGACAGUGCACAUUUGUUCAAUGUGACAUCAAAGCAAGUAUUGUAGCACUCGGCGAAGCAGUAAGAAGCUUCCUUGUCAAAAAGAGAGAGAGAGAGAGAAAACAAAACCACGAAACAU